UUCUAUUUCCGGUUGUCUUCCGGAAUAGUGCUACAGUGCAGCCGGUCGUUCACUUUCAUAACAGCUGAAACGUUACGUGUUUACACGCAGCAGUAACGAGUUGUUUUGCCUCUGUAGCUUCUGUCGUAAAUGAAACACGUGAGAAUGAGUCGACGCUGAAAGUUUCGUCUUUACACACAGUGCUGAGGAUGACAGUCCUGAACUUGUCCUUUGCUGCGUGUGGUUUCGUGGGGAUCUACCACCUGGGUGCUGCGGGGGCCUUUCUCCGCCAUGGUGACAAGCUGCUUGGCUCCCUCAGGGCCUGUGCGGGGGCCUCGGCCGGGGCCCUGGUGGCUGCCGUGAUGAUCACAGCUCCUGACAAGUUAGAGAAUUGUAAAAACUUCACAUACAGGUUUGCUGACAGCGUGAGACAACAGCGGUUUGGAGCCGUCACACCAGGAUACGACUUUAUGCUCACACUGAGGGAGGGGAUAGAGGAGAUCCUGCCCAGUGAGGCUCAUAGUCUGGCCACUGACCGCCUCCACAUCUCAAUAACACACUCUAAAAGCGGCAAGAACCACAUCAUAUCCAGGUUUACCUCCAGGGAGGAGCUCAUAAAGGCUCUACUGGCCAGCAGCUUUGUACCUGUUUAUGCUGGACUCCAACCAGUGGAAUUCAAAGGACAGAAAUGGAUUGAUGGAGGGUUCACCGACAGCCUCCCAAUUCUGCCCGUGGGACGAACCAUCACUGUGUCUCCCUUUGCUGGAAAACAUGAUGUGUGUCCCGUCCACAGGGGGCGCUUCGACACUCAGCUCAGGCUGGCCAACAUGAACAUCAUGGUGAGUGCUGGAUCAUUUGAUCAGAUUAGUCUGAAAGGGGGAAUCCGACGAAUGGAAAGGUUCUGGCGAUUGAGGGUUCAAGGCAGCUUAUAGAUUACCUCUGAUUUAUAGUCUGAUUUGAGUUAUGCCA